GCAGAAGAAAAUAUGCAAGGAGCGCGAACCAACAAUCCAAAGACCCGCUACAGGGAGGGAAGGUGGAAGUUUUAUAUUGAAAGCAGCAUCUGUGUGUUAUUUCUUAGGCUAAGAAUUGGAUCUAAUCCCUCCACCAGCCUAUAAAUUCUCAAGAAUUUCCCAUUGCUGAUGACGUGAUGAUAUUAUAAGAGACAAAAAACAGUGUUUGAAAAGAUUUUACGACCCGCUUGGUCGGUCACUUGCAUUACCACAGGCAAAGGGAAUCACCCUAAAACGUAUUCUUCAACUUGUUUAAUCCCACUACCAUCACCUUGAGUGUAUAAGAAGCACUCAGAACCCACAUUUUCACACCAUAGCUUGACUUAGCCAUCUCUUAAAAGGGAGCCCAGGUCUCCUUACCAUAUUUUUUGUUCCCUGCGGCUUUCUUUGCAGCAUUUUCACCUACUUAGAUCAUCUAAGCCGUUCAAAGCUUUCCAUCCUAACUUCAUUUAUACAAUGGCAACAAGCCCUUUUAAAUCUUCAGGCAGUUCUAGCUCCUCGUGGACGCCUAAGCAAAACAAAAAAUUUGAGGACGCUCUGGCUUUAUAUCCCGAGGACACACCAGACCGGUGGCAAAAGGUGGCCAGGACAGUGGGUGGAAAAACAGCUGAGGAAGUAAAAAGGCAUUAUGAUAUCCUGGUGCAAGAUCUCAUGCAUAUAGAAUCUGGAAAGAUACCUCUCCCCAACUACAAGCCCAUUGUAUCCAACGGUACAGUGUAUGGUGAUGAGCAGAGGCUCAUGAAGAAUCUAAAGCUCCAAUAAAGAAGAGGUAUUAUACCGAUGAUAUAAUAAGAGCUGCAGAAGCGUUGUUCUCGAUAAUUACGAGAAUAUGCUUGGUGUCAGUGUUUCUCUACUUUCCCGCUCUGUUUGUCCUUUCAAGCAUAUAAUGCUAACCUGUGAAGCCAACUAAACUAUUGUAAGCCUUAACCUGUUUGUUCAAGUACCCGAUAAUGCUGCUUUUGUGUACUAGUGUGAGUACUGUUUCAUUCGCUUUCCAAUCAUUAUAAAGGAGCAUCUUGCACC